UCCGCCUUACAGGGCGCUUGAGGAUAAGGCCUCUUCCUGGUUCAUCCGCGCCGCGCAGGCGCACGCCCACGCAGCGUCUAGACUACCCCUCCGAGAGUCCCGUCUCCUAGUAACCAGCCGCUAUCCCCUUUUCCAAGACUUUUUCCUUACUCCCUGGGGGCGGCGGCCGCACCUGAGUGGAAUGCGCAUGCGCGGGGCUCCAUUCCCUCCGGCUGCCUUCAGUUAGCUCUGGGACACCUGCUGCUUUGCUGCCGCUCUUUUGUGCUAUUUUCCCCAAGGAUCGGGUACCAUUCUGGACCCACGUUCAGUGAAUUCGUUACUCCGCAGAGUUGCUCUUGGGCGCUGGGAGGGUGGUGCGCUCUCGGUCCGCAGUCGGGGCCUGUUUGCGUGGAGCCUCCCGGGUCGGGUGCUGCUGCUUGCAGCCUCGGGGGAGAGACCGUCCUGUUGCGAUGAAAUAAACUAGGUUUUCAUAGCUGUUCUCUGAUGAUCUUGAUAUAGUAUUCGCCUGUGUCUUUCAAAAGUAAUCUCAUAUUUCAAGAGACUAACGCUUCCUGUUUUUGCCAGCAGUCAAGUUGAAGAAACGUCUCCACUACUUAAAGAGGGACCUGCAAACUAUUUCUAUUCAGCUGUCCCAAUGGGAUUUUCUCUUAGUAAAUCUGCUACUCAGGUAUCUGCUAUGCGUAUGGAUUCAAAAGUGCAUGAUCACUUAAUGCAAGGGACUGAGAAAAGCAAAUUGGAACCAGUGACUCAGUUAUUUCAAAACACCAAGAAAAUAAGAUUAGAAGACACAAACCAAGAAAACUUUACAAGGAGCAAAGAUACUGGCACAGGAUCUCUUUCGGAGAAAGCCUUGGGUUCAGUGGUGUAUGUUAAAGAAAGUGAUGGAAUAGAAAUGAUAGAUGUGGAAUGAAGUUAUUUGUGUAUGUUACCAAAGAAACCAAAAAUUGGUUUUGACUAAGAGGGCCUGUUGAAUGAGAACGUAACCUUAUUAUGAAAACCUAACAAAAUGAAGGAAGACGAUUGCUUAUUUUUCACUAUUUAUGAAUCACUGUGGAUUGCACUUUUUGAUGAUACAUAUUCAGAAAAGUUGCUUUAGAGAGAAGAAGCUUUCCAAAAUUCAAAGAAGAUUUCUCUGGUAUUACAUUCUGUCCUUGUCAAAAAAUCAGAGUUUUUGUGUAACAGUAUUUAAAUGGCACCAAAACAUUUUAAUUAUAAUGUAUUUCUCUAACAAGUGAUCAAAAACCCAAAAAACAGUGCCCAAACAAUUUGACAUCAGUAUUUCACAUGAUUUCUGGUGUACUGAUUUUGUAUGUUGAAAUUCCAGUUAGGGAUUUUGCUUUAGAAUACUUUAUCUUAUUGCAUUUUUUCAUGUCUGUUCUGUUAAAGAUCACUGGCAGCUAAACUCAAAGACCAGUAAAUUAUGUACCUUGAGAAGCAUUUCACAUUUCAAAUCAUCCUUUUAAAACUUUUUUUUCACCCACGUGGAAUUCAUUUCAGAGUUCACAAAAUAGUUUUUUCUAAGUGUAAUAAUUUAUCUUGCAGAUGUUACCAUUUUA